UAGAAAGGAAAUGACUUACCCAUGGCCACACAGCUACCAGGCCACAGGACUCUAAUGAUCCCUUUCUUAAUCUUGGACAAGUCACACCACCAACCCCUGCCUUGACCAUCAGAAGCCAGAAACAAUUGCACUCUGCCUUUUCCCAUUCGCUGGGAGUGAUGUUGCCAGGACAACCAUCGCUUGCAAACAUUCCAUCUAGGAUUCCUAGUCCAGUGUAACAGCUGCCGAUUGAACUCAAGGGAGCCUCAACAGCUGCAGCUGGCCAGUGGGAAAGGGUUCCGGGCCAAGGACCUAGUUGGCCAGGGUAGAGCUCCAGCAGACCACCACUGAGGUACUUGAUGUCCUCGACUACUAGACUUUAGCAGCUCUUCACAGGAUUCAAUGCCAAGGACGUGUUAAUAAUCACCACAGGUCCCAUUUGCCGAAGGACUUUCCUCCCCAUCUCCCUUCCCCUCCCCUUCCAGGUUGAAAAUAAUGGAUACAGAAACCUCAUCCACAGAUGAAGAGGAAAAAUCUAUCCAGAUAAAGCAAGAAGUCAUUUUGGCUGCAGUUAGGACAUUGGAAGAUUUGGAGAAUCCACUCAAAAACAUACAAUGGACAACAUGUAAUAACUUUACAGUGGAGCUGGGCCGACAGCAGAUUGAAGAAUACAUCUCAACAUGGGAAUUUCAUGAGAGCUGGUUACACUGGUCUGAGUACUUGGAGAAGGAAGAACUGGAGUUCAGCGUCCGCUACCAUUACCGGGUGCGCUGGAGCAUCACCACAUCCCGCAUGCCCCUCCCCCGGGCCACUGCCUGCGUCUUCUUUCUCAUCGAGAUCUCCAAGGUCAAGCCUAAAAGUUUACCAGUUGAAGUAUUUUAUAUCCUGGAGUCCCACAAACAUGUUCACAGACCAGGAAAAUCUUGCUUCCGAGAAAAGUGGCUGAAGGACAUCAUUGAAAGCAAGAUCAUCCUAAUGAACAGCAUUAGCUUCUAAUUCAAUGAUCCACUGUUGGUUUGGGGUUUUCAGAAUUGGAUUUCCAGUCCAUGUGCACUAAAUACAACAUUACAAAUUCAACCAUAGAGUAUAUUUUGGGAAAUAAAGUUGUCAGGACACUUAGAA